ACAAAGUUGAUAUCAUUAGGAGAAAAGAUGCUGAUGUAAAAUUGAGUGAUGAAAAACUGGCUGUAGAGUUUGGUGUAGAACGUUUCACUAUAAGUAGCAUUCUUCGGAAUAAAGAGAAAUUUCUACAGUUGCAUGCAGAUGCUAAGAGUUUACGCAGUCAAAAUAUUCCAGUUUCCCAAGAUUUGUUAAAAAUGAAGGCAGUUGAGCUUUAUAAUAAGGCUAUAGAACAGGGCAUACAAUUUCCUAAUUUUGAAGCAUCAAACGGCGAAUCCAUAUGUCUUAACCAAGUAGAGAAUGGAAGAAAAGAAUUGCAACAAAUAAUAGCUACGUUUAACAUAGAUAAUGUUUACAAUACAGAUGAAACAGGACUCUUCUUCCGUUUAGGUCCGAACAAAACACUUGCAUCAAAAGGUGAUAAAGCGAAAGUAUCACAAUGGAUUCAUGAGUUGAAUAAAGGACAAAAGAUAAAAAAACCAAAUAUUAAAGAAGCGAUUGAAAUAGUUGCAGAUGCUUGGGACAAUGUAAAACAGGAGACAAUAAAGAAUUGCUGGUUAAGCACAGAAAUAUUAACUGCAGAAAUGACACAUGCCAAUACAGAUAAUAUGAAGACUGAUGAAGCCGAUAAUAAUAUAGUUGAAUUGAUUUUAGCUUUAGAUAGUCUUAGCAUUGCAGAACCCUCAAUAGAUAAUUUGACAGCAAAUGAAUAUAUUGAGAUAAAUAAUAAUUUGGUUAGUGCAGAGUUCUCUACAGAUGACAAACUUGUUGAAGAAAUUCUUUUGGCUGAAGGAGUCUUACACCUGAUACAAGUAGAUAUGAAAGAUUCAAGUAAGGAAGAAGAAACAAGCAUUUUUGUAAAGGUGGGAAGAGAAGCACUUGUAACAGUCAGGAAGUUUUUAGAACAAAGAGAAUUUACAACAGAAAGUGAUAUAAGAUAUAUCUGCAAUAUAAUUAAGCACUUAGAUAAAACAUUAUAUCCCAACCUCAGAUAUAUUCUCAAAAAUCUCGGGUCUCAAAGUGGGAAUAUAAAUAAG